AUGCGUUUCUGGACCUACAUGUGUGGUGGCGGCACAGAGACGGAGGACCUUGAAGCAUCAGAUACGGCUAACAGCACAAGUACGGACGUCAGCGACGCAGACUCUGGCUCGGAGCAGAUAAAGAGCCCCGAACAAAUCACGCGGCGCUGCACAGACUCCGGUGGCAUUUGGCUGUGGGCAGGAUGCCUGGUGUUGUUUACUGCCUGUCUAGUCUUAGGAGCAACAAAGGAAGAGCGGCAUCCAUUUGUGAGGCUCACUAACAAGCGAGGGACGCAAUGCGGAGUCUAUGAUCAGAAGGGGAAGGACUCCUGGUUUCUGUGCACGGCGAACAAGUCAGACUUUGCCGAAGCCGUCCCUAUUUGCGUGCGGAACUGUGGCGCUGGCGAUGGCUUAGCCAGCUACUGCGCGCAUGCUGUACGUGCUGAGGAUGAGGAUGCUGUUGACAAUUCCAGCACAAUGCCUACGAGUACAAACUAUACCUAUCUGGCACGACAGGCUGGACCUCUGUGUGUGCCCGUAAAUGCACCUCAGGCGGAAGCUUUCCGCAAUCAGCUUGUAAGCAGGGGCCUCUUGCCUCUUGACAUGUUUUUAACUGCGCAGUCUUCAUGGCCUCCACUGGCAUUUUCCGCAAUACUGUCAAUUCUCGUUUCUCAUGCCUGGAUCCGCGUGCUCCGCGACCAUGCCAGGACUCUAGCGUGGGCUGGCGUCUACUUGCUUGUACUUUUGCCCGUGAUAUGCUUGGCAUACCAAUGGUUGAAGUAUGGGAAUGUCGCGAUAUUUUCUGUGGCAUUGUCGGCCAUAGCAGUUUGCUGCAUAGUGGGUUGGGCAUGCCAAAGCCAAGAGAAUCUAGACAGAGCUGCCAUGUGUCUUCAUUGUGCCUGCCAGUGUGUCACGGAGAUGCCGAUUUUGGAGUUUGGGCCCGCUGCUGUUCUGGCUCUACAACUUGCUGCGGCGAUUGCAAUCGUCUGGGCGUUGGCCUUCAUGCCGACGACUUUACAUGUUGACCUUCGCACCGGCCACAUUGGCUGCCAGGUCUAUGGCAGCAGCACGAGAAAUCUGGCUGAUGUGUCCGUUGCAGUGAUCUAUGUGCUGUUCCUGUGCUUCGUGUUGAACGUAAUGACCGCCGUAUGGGAGAUGGGCAUCGUGUUUCUAACCGUUUGCUGGUAUGUCAACCGAAGAGCAAGCACAAAUGCCCCAACAAUCUCGAAAUCCUUGCGGGUGCUGUGCAUCAUGUGCAGAUAUCACGCUGGGACGAUCAUUCUGGCUGGCAUCCUCAUUGGAUUUGCACGACCGUUCCGAUUUUUGCUGGGAACAUUAACGGCGGUGACGCGCAUGAGGACAAAUCCGGUGAAAGAAGCUUGCACCUCUUGCUGUUCUUGCUUCGUCAGCUUGUACAACUUGUUCUUACAGCCGCUGUCUGCGAACGCUUACGUGGACGUGGCUCUGCGUGGCUCGGCGCUGCUGCCGGCCACACGCAAGUCCCAGCAAGUGACUAGCCUGGACCCCAUCACACCAAACUCGCUCAAUGGAGCGACAUUCGUGUUCCAAGUCAUCUGCCUAGCUCUAACAUGGUGGCUUGGUUUUGUUACUACGUAUGUGGCAGUCACCAUGGUGCCUGCCUACCGCGAGCCGAAGAGUGUGAGCUUUGUGAGAUACACCGAGCAUUGGUGCAUAAUCAGUGGAUUUGUGGCAGCCGCCUGCGCGUAUCCUUUCGUUAUGGUCUUCGACGUCGCUUCGGACACGAUCCUUCACCUCACUACACUUUCUGACAGCACCCAGGAUGAGCUGAGGCACUCAGGGGCUGAGGCUCCAAUGACAAUAGUGGACAUGCUAUAUUCCAUUGUUGUGUCUCUCGGUUUGGGCUGUGGCGGUGAGCGAGGGUAG